AUGAGUCAACAGAGCCCUAUCAAGAUUCAACUGCUAACCGUGCCAGACUGCCCGUUGGUAGCCAAAGUUCGUGACACACUAAACGACUGUUUGGCAAAAACACGCUCAGACGCAACGGUCGAGGAGCUUGUAGGAGAGUAUCAUUCUCCAACGCUUCUCAUCAACGGCUUCGACGUCACUGGUAAACCCGUCUCGGCACAAGGACAACAAAGCUGCCGUCUCGAUCUCCCCAAUGAGGAGCAGAUACUUGCUGCUCUUCGGGGCCUGUCCGUUCUAAGUUGCGAGGAUGGAACAGAGGCAGCGGUGGGAAAGUCUGCUUUUCACAUUCUGCUACGUACCGCAGGGCGUGUCACAUUGGAACAGGUCAGCCAAGAGACUGGUAGAAAUACGGACGACAUCAGGACCGGUAUAGAGGCGCUUCGGCGCAGGGGCCAUGUCAAGCUAGAUGAACAAGGCUUCAUCGUCGGGGUUGCUGGAUUGAGUUGCAUUCCUACAGAGCAUCAACUUUCCAUCGAGGGGGAAAGACUCUGGGCUUGGUGUGCCUUUGACGUGAUUGGCAUUUUUGGUGCUCUUGAGGCAUCGGGGUUCGCGACAUCGGUAGACCCGGCUACUAACGAGCGCUUGGUAGUCAACUUUGUCAAGGGUGUUCCUGAUGAGACGGGGCUUGGGGUUUUCAUGGCAGACAUGCCAGCGGGGGGGUCUGUCUGCGAGGACUGGUGUUGGAGAGUGCGAUUUUUUCAGUCCGAGUCGGCGGCUGAGGCUUGGGCCCGGGCGAACGGUGUCACGGGUUCUCUUAUAUCGGUGGCAAACCUGAUGGUAUCGGCCCGCGAAGCAUGGAGUAGGUACGGUUUGUCUUGA